AUGGCCAACACAACAAACCUAGAUGAAGAAAACCCUAAUCAUGAAGAGGUGCCUGAUGCAAAAGAGAAUGCAGCUUCAGCGAAUAACGAACAAAAUGAAUCUCUCGAUCUAUCCCAAAUUAAUGUGCACAUUGCCAUGCCUGAAUGCGUUAUAAAAGCAUCAGCAGCUAAAACAAAAAUAUCAAACAGUUCAAAAAGUUCAAAAGAGGAAAAAGAACCUAAUGAUGAGUUGCUUGGUGCGGAAGAAACUAUAAUAAUGAAUAACAUGGUAAAUAAUGUUUCAUUAUCCAAGAGAAGUGAAAUAGGCUCAGCAUCUUCAUCUAGUAAUGAUUCUUCAUCCACAUCAAAGACUUGCAGUAAGUCCAGUUGUUCACUGAGUAGCACAUCAGAUUCUGAAGCAGAACCAUUUGGCUCUGAUGACAGCAUUAAGGAUCCGCCCUAUCAUGAGUCUUCAUCUGAUGAAUCAUCAUCGGACGAUGAAGUAUUAGUAUUACCAGAAGAAAAAGAAAAUAUUAUUCCAAAAAAAAGAAAGGUAGUAGAUAAGUCUUUCACAGAAAAAAAGGUUAAAAAAAGAAGUAGAAAUCCUCAAGCGUGGCAAAAAAAUUUCAACAAGAGAUUAAGGAAUAGUGGCGAGAGUUACAUUGGUUUAAGUACUCAAAAUGAUGGCGGCACCAAGAAAAAAGUAAAAACACAACGUCCUCAAAAAGAGCUACAACCUCCAUGUGGGUAAAAUUGCAAAUUAAAAUGUUCCGAAAAAAUUACUAAUGAGAUAAGGUUGAAAAUUUUCAAGGAAUACUGGGGCCUGUAAGAUCUAGAGAAACAAAGACAGUAUAUUUCAUCGAAUAUGCAAACAGUCAAUCCUAGAUACAAGUAUAG